CCAACUCCAGGUUUUAAGCUCCAGAACAGUGGCUACAAAUUAGGGUUCUUAGUGCAGCUUUUUCUUACUGUGGCACUGUGGAAUUAUACCACAGUUUUUAAACAACAGAAAAAAAACUGAUUUAUUUACACCAUGCCUCUGACCAGGUCUUUAUCUAUGGGCUCACUAAGUGGCCUUCCACUGUGGGAUGAAGCUGAAUUACCUGUGGAAGAUCUGCUGCUGUUUGAAAUAGCAUGGGAAGUGACCAACAAAGUGGGAGGAAUAUACACAGUCAUCCAGACUAAGGCCAAAAUCACAGUAGAUGAGUGGGGGGAAAAUUUCUUCAUGAUAGGCCCAUACUAUGAGCAUAAUUUUAAGACGCAGGUGGAAAGGUGUGAUCCUCCCAGUGAAGCUAUAAAAGCAGCCAUACACUCUAUGAACAACAACGGCUGUCAGGUGCAUUUUGGCCGCUGGCUUAUAGAGGGGAGUCCCUAUGUGAUCCUGUUUGAUAUUGGAACAGCUGCCUGGAACCUGGAUCGCUGGAAAGGAGACCUAUGGAAUGCUUGUAGCAUUGGACUGCCAUACCAUGAUCAAGAGGCCAAUGACUCACUUAUUUUUGGAUCGCUUGUGGCCUGGUUCUUCAAAGAGUUAACAGACCGGCUUCAUGACAAGCUCAAUGUAAUCGCUCAUUUCCAUGAAUGGCAAUCAGGGGCUGGGCUUGUGCUUAGCCGCUCACGAAAGAUUCCCAUAGUUACCAUUUUUACUACUCAUGCUACUCUGCUGGGUCGCUACCUAUGUGCUGGUCAUGUGGAUUUCUACAACAAUCUGGAUAAGUUUGACAUUGACCGGGAGGCAGGAGAGAGGCAAAUCUACCACCGCUACUGUUUAGAGAAGGCUGCAGUGCACUGCUCGCAUGUUUUUACUACUGUCUCUCAGAUCACAGCAGUGGAGGCAGACUACAUGCUUCACAGAAAACCAGACGUGGUAACACCUAAUGGUUUAAACGUAAAAAAGUUUUCGGCUAUGCAUGAGUUCCAGAACUUGCACUCUUUAAACAAACUUAAGAUCCAAGAAUUUGUUAGGGGACACUUCUAUGGGUAUCUGGACUUCAAUCUGGAAAAAACACUUUUCUUCUUUAUUGCAGGCCGGUAUGAGUUUUCCAACAAGGGAGCUGAUAUUUUCCUGGAGUCUUUGUCCAGACUGAAUUACCUGCUUAGGGUGCAUAAAAGUGAUGUGACAGUGGUGGUAUUCUUCAUCAUGCCAGCUAAAACUAACAACUUCAAUGUGGAAAGUCUUAAAGGUCAAGCAGUGCGCAAGCAGUUGUGGGAUACUGCCCAGUCUGUGAAGGAAAAGUUUGGAAAGCGGAUGUAUGAUGCUUUGUUAAGGGGUGAGAUUCCAGACAUGAACAAAAUUCUAGACAAGGAUGACUUUACAAUUAUGAAGAGGGCCAUAUAUGCAACACAGAGACACACUCUUCCUCCAGUUACCACUCACAACAUGCUGGAUGAUUCCACUGAUCCUAUUCUAAGCAACAUCCGCCGCAUCGGCCUCUUCAACAGCCGCAAUGAUAGAGUGAAGAUUGUGUUUCACCCAGAGUUCCUUUCAUCCACCAGUCCUCUGCUGCCCAUGGACUAUGAGGAGUUUGUCCGUGGCUGUAAUUUGGGUGUUUUUCCUUCCUAUUAUGAACCCUGGGGCUACACACCAGGUGAGUGCACAGUGAUGGGCAUUCCUAGUAUAACAACUAACCUUUCUGGGUUUGGCUGCUUCAUGGAGGAGCAUUUAUCAGAUCCCUCUGCAUAUGGGAUCUAUAUUGUGGAUCGACGGUUUCGUUCAGCAGACGAGUCAAGUAAUCAGUUGACUCAGUUCAUGUUCACAUUCUGCCAGCAGUCACGGCGCCAGCGUAUUAUCCAGCGCAACCGCACUGAAAGACUGUCAGACCUGCUGGACUGGAGAUACCUUGGCCGGUUCUACAUGCAUGCCAGACACCUGGCUCUCAGCAGAGCUUUUCCUGAACGCUUCAAAAUGGAUACAUUUGCACCUCCUCUGACACAAGGAUUUCGUUACCCUCGACCCUCCUCUGUCCCCCCCUCUCCCUCUGUCUCCAUCCACUCCACUCCUCAUCACAGUGAUGCAGAGGAUGAGGAUGAUGAGGAGCCUUACAAUGAAGAAGAGGAGGCAGAGAGGGACAGAAUAAACAUUAAGGCACCCUUUACACUGGGGGCUGUCCCAGGGGGGAAGAAGAAGCAACCAAGGGAGUAUGAGAAUUAGAGCUUAACCUGUACUACAUUACAAUCCAGUAUAAUUAAACAAGUUUUAACACUG